CAAAUUUUGUCAAACCGAUCGUACGUAUAAAAAACGGAAAUGACAUCCUUGUUACAGGUUAGCAUGCAAAACUGCAGAAUAGUAUGCUCUAACAUGGACUGCGUCCGAGUUCAUAACGCUUACGCUGCGGGCAGGGCAUCAAUCAUGAUUCAGGACUCAGAAUCUUCCUUUACUGCAACAGACCGCUCGAAAAACGCUUACCCUUCAGCGCAAUGGCCUUGCCAAUGCCACGCGAACCUCCCGUCACGAAGAUGGUCCUUCCAGCUAAUUUUCUGCAAAACCUUUCCGUAUGAAUGCCACUGGCGGAGAUACAAACUGCAGAUGCUCUCGCCGUGACGUACACGGCAGUUUUCUGUGUGACUGCCUUUCGGCUGCGAUUGCUGGUGGCGACACUGAUGGUGGCAGAUGGCCUGCGGCGAUUCGGCUGUUGUCCGGUGAAUGAAGAAACUUUUCUCACUGUCCGGUUUCUCUAUCUGCCCGAUGUGCCUUUGGCUGGCAUUUAUCUAACAUCUGAGGAAUUUCGAGUCCCACACAGAUAGACAACGUUAGAUAUUUCGAGUCCGUUAAAAUUUUGAAAACAUAUAGUGCGUACGCAUUUUGCGUCAUGGUUAGGGUAAACAGUAUUGCCAUUCGACAGCGGUGUUCCACUGCAUCGAUUGCAGCACGGGUUCGUCUCUUUGGAAUUGCUACUUGCGCUGUUUUUGGAGUUUUCUACCUCGUCGUUCAUUUAACUCCAUUAUCACAGGAUCCAUCAUCACUACACACUGACUGGAAAACGCCGAAUCGACAUUACCCGUUUUCACAAAAACCGAAAGAUGUUGUAUUAGCUGCAGUUGAUCUGCCAAUCAGUGCGCAGCGCAAUGCAACCGGUUUCCUGCGGUUUGUUCCGACAUUGGGCGGUCUGGCUACCGGUCUGUCGGCCUAUAACCAGCGGGCACAGCAUAAAUGGAUUGGAUGGGCCGGAAUCGUCGCCGACAACCUCACAGAACCCGACAAGCGCGAUAUGGACGAGUUCUCGCACGGAUUCUGCAGCAGUAUUCUGUGGCCGGUGUUUACCGAUGGAGAGGUCACCGGAAACGCCAGCUUUAAUUAUUCGGCUGAUUGGCGAGCGUAUCAGACCGUCAAUACGAUGUUUCUGGAUAAAAUUCUCAACGUGACGGAUGCUGAAUCAUCGGUGUGGAUUCACGAUUUCCAGCUGAUGCUUCUACCAGCUAUGUUACGGCAGCGGCGUCCACGGAGUCGCAUCGGAUUCUUUUUCCAUAUUCCGUUCCCAGCCCCCAAACGGUUUGUUACGUUAUCGUGGGGAAAGGAGAUUAUGGAAGGAUUGCUGGGUGCGGAUCUUCUGGGUUUUCAGAUUGUCGAUUUUGCGAAGAAUUUCCUGGAGACUGUGGCCUUCUAUGGACUGGGAAGAGUGAACAAUGUUACGAUCAGUAUUCUUAAUCACGAUCGACGAGUGAGAGUUGGACACUUCCCAAUCGGAAUUGAUUAUGAGAAAUUUUCCACUGCGCAGGAAAAAGUGGGUGUGGUCCGUAUGGAUGAUGUGGAAAGGCUGAAAAAGAUGAACCUGGGAAGGAAAAUUAUUCUGACAGUGGAUCGACUAGAUCCAGCCAAAGCGUUACUGGAGCGGGUCGAUGCAUUCCAGAGUUUGUUGAAGCAACACUCCAGAUUUCGCGGUAAGGUGAGUCUCUUCAUGGUGGUUGUUCCCCAUCGCUUAGAAGUGAAAAGAUUUCGCAACCUGGGAAUCACCCUGCAAAAGCAGAUUGAUAGCGUCAAUCGGGACUUUGGCGAUCCGCAAUGGCAACCCAUCACGUUGCUGUACCAGUUUGUCCCGUUCGACAAGCUGGUCACUUUGUAUCAGCUGGCGGACGUUGCCUUCAUUGCUCCGUGGCGCGAUGGAAUGAAUCUCGUGGCCAAGGAGUACCUGGCCAGUAAUGAGCGCGGAGUGUUGGUGUUGAGCCGAUCUGCCGGCGCGGCGAGAGAUCUGACGGAAGCGGUGCUGGUGGAUGUCCGGCAACCGGCUUCGAUGGUCAACGGCUUGUUGCAGGCGCUGACUAUGCCGGCAGAGGAGGCGCGAAGAAGGGCGGGGCAGAUGAGAAAGUACUUGCAACGGACGGAUGUCCAUGCAUGGGGAGAUGGGUUCGUACGAACGUUGAUGGAAAGAGGCUUGUGAGUGGUACUUUUGGUUCAGUGUUUAAUUUUGAAUGAUAUCCUUAUGCAGCAGUUGUUUUAUUUUUACAAGUUAGCUGUAUUUCCAUACAUUGAUACGUAACGUAGUUUAGAGUUAUAUUGUUUGGAAACCAUAUUAUGACUAUACAUGCUCAAAGUACUCGUAAUAUUGUGUUUGCAAAAAUGUGGAUUCUUGAUUCUGUUAUUAAAACUUCAGUU